AUGGAAGCGCUUUUUGGGAAGCUGUACGAGCAUGAGACGCCUGAAGCGCAUCGCCAGUAUGGUUUCAUGCGUAAAGUGGAGCCCAUGCAGCGUGCGCUCAAAGAUCUUGGCGCUGUUGUGCUACUUGUGGGUGUGCGCGCUGACCAAACAGAGCACCGCCAGCAAAUGAAGCUAGUUAAUGUGUACGACGGUCGACUAAAGAUCUGCCCUAUUCUAAAUUGGAGCAAGGAUAAAAUAGAGCAGUACAUGACUAUAAAUCAGCUUGAGUAUCAUCCACUCAAGGCGCUGGGAUAUGAGAGUGUCGGUGAUGCUCAUUCUAGUCGGCCCGUGACAGAUGCGGACAAAGGCAACGAUCGCGCUGGAAGAUUCAACGGCAAGCACCAAGAGUGCGGAUUGCACUUGGACAUGCACGAUAUGAAGAUAGAGGACCUAAGGUUUGACAAUCCAUUGCCAAAGCCCGAGCAUAAACUGCUAAGGCUAACGAAGCGUGAGAAGGGCAUCACAUUGUUCACCAAACCAACGUGCAAGUACUGCGUGGCUGCCAAAGACAUUAUUCGCGAGCGCAAAUGGAUGUUUGAUGAAGUGAGCGUCCCCAAAGAUAUUUCACUUCAGCUGCUACAGCAGAUAGUGGGCAAACCUGUUCAAAGUGUGCCUCAGAUCUUUUUAGACGGUCAGUAUAUAGGCGGGUAUGCUGAAUUUGUUACGCACCUCGGAAUCCCAUCGCAUUUUAACUGA